AUGGAGUCAACGCUCACCCAGAACAACGAGGACGCACCACAAUCUGAUAUGGUGGAACACGUCGAAGCGCCCAAGAUGGCAUUGCCAGAUAUCGAGGACGAGAGCCAAGAAGUCAAGCAUACCCUCCCAUCCACUCUCACCACCUCCAAAACCACAAGUAUUGACAUCGUAUCCCUAUCACCCGAGGUCCAGGACUACCUCACUGAAUCAAUCAUGCCGCCCACCCACCAAAAAAAGCUAAUCCUCUUCAUGCUGGAGCACAAAACCGGCAAAACACCCGCCAGUCUGUCCGCUCCCUGGACCGCCUUCCUCGAUUCACUGGGAUAUACACAUGAGUGUCUGAGUAAAGAGCAGAAGAAGGAGUUGCGGGAUAAGACGCAGAGAAAGAUGUACUAUCUUUUCAAUAAGAUGGAGAGGGUUGGGGCUGCUAGGAUGAAUGAGGGGGAUGAGGAGGGGCGAAUGGGCAAGGGGGGCAAGAAAGUGUUGUAUGAGUUUGCGGACUGGUGUGAGCUGUGGAGGGAGGAGGACUGGGAUGGGGAUUUUGGAAGACCGAAGGGGUUUGUGGGUAAGGGGUUUGAUGACGAGGAGAAUUUGCAGAAAGUUGAGGCCGCUGCGAAGGCCAAGAUCAAGAGUGUUAAGGAGAAGAUCCUUGCUGGAAAGGUCGACACGGUUGGUGUUGCGAAGGCCAAGGCUAAGGUUGUUAAGCAGAAGGGUCCUGGUGGGAAGGCCACCAAGAGUUCGAAGCCGAAAGCUGGUAGAGGUAUUACUGUGAUUAAUCCAGGUACGGUUACGACAAUCGCAGGUACGGGGUAUGCUACGCCUGGCGACUCAUUUUCUGGAUAUCCGCAAGUUGUUGCUGGUAAGUCAUUUCACCCUGUGAGUCAGAAAGCAAGAGCUAAUUCGUGUAUAGCGAAUGAACGAGAUGUUCAUACCGAUAAUGACGCGGACGUGGAAAUGGAUGGUGACGAAGACUGGGAGGUCUUCGAUGAGCCCAUUCCCGAGGGAUGGGAGAUCAAAGAUGGGUUUGUCGUCAAGAAAAUCCAUGAAGAUGGUAUGGGUCGUCCACUGGUUUUGACUCCCAAAGACGAGGGUUACUUUGGUCCUGCUGAUGGUAUUGCUGAAGAGUUUCUGCGUCCUGAGUCCGAGGGCAGAUAUUAUCGUAAUGAGAAUUUGGAAAUGCCCGAGUAUCUUGACGUUGUCGCGCCAGAGAAGAAUAAGGAGAAGAGGGUUGGUCAUUGUCCAGGUUGCACUUGUUCCCAUUUGAGUUGA